UGCUCCUGCCCCGGGAAGAGGCUCAGCACAGAAGGAGGAAGGACAGCACAGCUGACAGCCGUGCUCAGAAAGAUUCUGGAUCCCAGGUUCAUCUCCACGGAGAAAAACACGCAGGCAGCACAGACCAUGGGGGCCCCCUCAGCCCCUCCCUGCACACUACACAUCACCUGGAAGGAUCUCCUGCUCACAGCAUCACUUUUAAUCUUCUGGAACCCGCCCACCACUGCCCAAGUCAUGAUUGAAGCACAGCCAAACAAAGUUUCUGAGGGGAAGGAUGUUCUUCUACUUGUCCACAAUUUGCCCCAGAAUCUUGCUGCCUACAUCUGGUACAAAGGGCAAAUAAUGGACCUCCACCAUUACAUUACAGCAUAUGUAAUAGACACUGAUACAAUUAUAUUUGGGCCUGCAUACAGUGGACGAGAAACAGUAUAUUCCAAUGCAUCCCUGCUGAUCCAGAAUGUCACCCAGAAGGACACAGGAUCCUACACCAUACAAAUCAUAAAGCGAGGUGAUAGGACUGAAGCAGUAACUGGACGUUUCACCUUAUACCCGGAGCUCCCCAAGCCCUACAUCACCAGCAACAACUUCAACCCCAUGGAGAAUAAGAAUGUUGUAGCCUUAACCUGUGAACCUAAGACUCAGAACUACACCUACGUGUGGUGGGUAAAUGGUCAGAGCCUCCCAGUCAGUCCCAGGCUAAAGCAACCCGGUAAAAACAGGUUCCUCAUUCUACCCAAUGUCUCAAGAAAUGACACAGGACCCUAUCAAUGUGAAAUACGGGACCGAGUUGGUGGCAUGCGCAGUGACCCCAUCACCCUGGAUGUCCUCUAUGGUCCAGAUUUCCCCAGGAUUUUCCCUUCAUUCACCUAUUACCAUUCAGGAGAAAACCUCUACUUGUCCUGCUUCGCGGACUCUAACCCACCAGCAGAGUAUACUUGGACGAUUAACGGGAAGUUUCUGCAAUCAGGACAAGUGCUCUCUAUCCCCCAAAUUACUACAACGCAUAGCGGGAGCUAUGGUUGCUGUGUUCGUAACUCAGUCACUGGCAGGGAACGUUCCACAUUCAAGACGAUCAAAGUCUCUGCUCCUUCAGGAAAAGGACAUAUUCCUGGCCUUAAUCCCAUAUAGCAACCGUGAUGUCAUUUCUGUAUUUCAGGAAGACUGGCAGAUAGUUGGUUUGACUCUUCCUCGAAGUAUUUACAAUCAGCUAUAGUCCAAAAUUGCUUUUUCUUCAAGGAGAUAUAUGGAAAAGACUCUGACAAUGACUCUUGAAUGCAAGUUUCUGAUAAUUUCAAGAUCAUACCACUGGACUCUCUGAGAGCUGUUAAAAUUUUAAUGAACAGGCUGAUACCUUCAUGAAAUUCAAGACAGAGAAGAAAAAAACUCAAUUUCAUUGGACAAAAUAAUCAAAAGGAUAAUGUUUUCAUAAUUUUUUAUUUGAAAAUGUGCUGAUUCUUUGAAUGUUUUAUUCUCCAGAUUUAUGAACUUUCUCUUUUAAGCUAUUUAUACUUUACAGCAAUUUGGUAAAGUAUACUUUUGUAAACAAAACUUGAAAUAUUUGCUUUGUCUCCCUAUCUGAGUAUCCCAGAAUUGGGAAACUAUUCAUGAGUAUUCAUAUGCUUAUGGUAAUAAAGUUAUUUGCACAAGUUCA